AUGACCGAUGAUCAGGAUCUGCAUCUGGAUUCGCUCGAUUACAUGCCCAAGUUGCAGAAAUUGAUUGGGGAUGAAGGGACUUUCUUUCGGCGUCAUUACUGCACGAUUGCUGUCUGCUGCCCGUCGCGGGUGAGCUUGAUGACUGGCAAGCUGGCACACAACACCAACGUCACUGACGUAAAUCCUCCCUAUGGUGGAUAUCCCAAAUUUGUGUCCGAGGGCCACAACGAUGACUACCUGCCCCUUUGGCUGCAGGAGGCGGGCUACAACACCUACUAUACGGGCAAGUUCCUCAAUGCGCACACGACGUCUAAUUACAACAAACCAUACCCGAAAGGCUGGAAUAGCACAGAUUUCUUGAUGGACCCAUCCACGUAUAGCUACUGGAACUCCACGUUUCAACGCAAUCACGAUACUCCCGUGGUAUCAGACGGCUACUCCACGGAUAUAAUCACUCAUCGCUCCCUGAGCUUCAUCGAAGAAGCACAGAGCUCUGAUCGCCCAUUCUUUAUUGGCAUUGCUCCUAUUGCACCCCAUGCGAAGACGGCCGCGGUGCAGAAUUCAUCCAUCCCAGCGUUCACCGACCCGGUGCCCGCAGAGCGACACGCGAAUAAGUUCCCUCAUGCCAAAGUUCCUCGAACCGAGAACUUCAACCCAGACACGCCCAGUGGAGCUAGCUGGGUACUUGAUCUGCCUCGGCUGAACUCGAGCGAUGUCGACUACAUGGACAAGUAUUACCGCCGACGACUCCAGUCCCUACAAGCAGUUGAUGACCUCGUAGAGAGCGUGAUAUUGAAGCUCAGUGAGUCUGGACUGCUGGAUAAUACUUAUAUAUUUUACACUUCCGACAACGGUUAUCACGUUGGCCAGCAUCGCAUGGUCCCGGGCAAAGGAUGUCCUUACGAAGAAGAUGUCAAUGUUCCGAUGAUGAUUCGAGGCCCAGGUGUACCAAAAGGCCGGACGGUAGAUUUUGUCACCUCUCACACUGAUAUCGCCCCGACUUUGUUUGAUCUCGCUGGCAUUCCCUUGCGAAAAGACUUUGAUGGUCUCCCGAUGCCCUUGACUGCUCCAGCGAUGCGGGUUUCCAGGUCGGAUCCUCGCAGAGAGCAUGUGUCAGUUGAGUACUGGGGCACCAAUCUCCAGGAGGGUGAUAUUGGGCGACUCUCGCCCACUGGGCCCGCAGUCGUCUAUGGCAACAACACCUACAAGGCUAUGCGGGUCAUAGGAGACUCGUACAAUCUUUUCUAUUCGGUGUGGUGUACGAACGAGCAUGAGCUGUACGAUAUGAAGAACGACCCCUACCAGAUGCGGAACAUCUUCAACACCGCACGGGGCAGGCUCCUCGGUCGUGAUACUAAACAAGUCAUCUCCCGAUUGGAUGCUCUGCUACUAGUUCUCAAGAGUUGCAAAUCCACGGAAUGUACUCGUCCCUGGCAGGUGCUUCAUCCAGACAACAAGGUCACCAAUUUGCGUGAGGCAUUGCAGCCUAAAUACGACGCUUUCUACGCGGCACAGCCCGACAUUAGCUUCACCGCUUGUGAGUUGGGAUACUUGUCGCAGUCAGAGGGACCGCAGGAGGGUUAUACGUACCGACGAGAUGGGGACUGGAGCUACUGGGCCUAG